AUGGCUUUACAAACACCAAAACAAAGAGUUGCUAACUCCAAAUUUGCUAAGAAGAAUGUAGGUAAACAAGGGAAACCAAGAGAUGUUGAAGAAAAGGUUCAAAUACCAGUGAGUAGAACUUGGUUAUUUGUAUUAAUAUUUUUAGUUGUUGGAGGUGGUAUUUUAGAAUUAAUUAGAUUAAUAUUCUAA